AUGGUCUUGCACGCCAUUCUCCCCAAGGUAGCCGUCCACUGGCUCAUCAACUUGUACCGCGCGGCCAGGAAGCUCCGCAGCAAUGCCUUCCAGUACUGCCGUAACUCCACCACCACCACCAAGCCGUCCACCGAAGCCAUCUCCAGCUCCGAGCGCACCAUGCCGUCCGCCGCUGAUAGGACGGUGGUGUGCGACUUCCACGGCGGGCUCCUGAGGUCCACCGGCAUCUUCCCCUACUUCAUGCUCGUCGCCUUCGAGGGCGGCAGCCCGCUCCGGGCGCUGGUGCUGCUCGGCUUCUCCCCCCUUGUAUGGAUACUCGGCGAGCGCUCCGACGCCGGCGUCCGGAUCAUGACGUUCGUCACCUUCGUCGGGCUCAGGCCACGGGACGCGGACCUUGUGGCCCGCGCCGUCCUGCCAAAGUUCUACAUGGAGAGGCUCCACGCACAGGUGUACGACCACCUGUGGCUGCCGGCGAAGAGGAAGGUGGCGCUGACGAGCACGCCGAGGGUAAUGGCGGAGUGCUUCCUUAAAGAGUACAUGGCCGCCAACGUGGUUGUCGGGUGCGAGCUUCAGAUGGUUGAGGUAGGGCGCGUGUUGUAUUUCACCGGGCUGCUGUGCGGGUCAGGAUCAGGCCCGGGCCUGGGGCAGAAGGCGCUGAGGGAGGCGUUCGAAGCAGACGGCAACAUGGCCGACGUUGCCGUCGUCGGGAGCUCCAACCCACUCGACCACCUCUCUGCCCCCUACUGCAAGGAGCUUUACGUGGUCAGCUGGGAGAGUGGCGAGACUGCCCGUCUGCCGCGAGAGAGGUACCCGAAGCCGCUCAUCUUCCACGACGGACGCCUCGCAUUUCUGCCCACCGCCCCCGCCAUGCUCGCCUUCUUCCUGUUUUUGCCGCUCGGUUUUAUACUCUCCGUCAUCCGCAUCUCCAUUGGCAUCGUCCUGCCAUACAACAUCAGCUUUGCAGCCAGCGCGCUCGCUGGGGUCUGCUUCCGCACCUCCGGCCGCCGCGUCCCGGAGGCCGGCGCCAAGCGCAGGGGCGUCCUGUUCGUGUGCACGCACCGGACGCUGGUGGACCCGAUCAUGCUAACCGCCGCGCUGCAGAAGCCGGUGCCAGCCGUGACGUACAGCCUCAGCCGGCUCUCCGAGAUCAUCGCGCCCAUCAAGACGGUGCGGCUGACGCGCGACCGCGACCACGACGCCGCCAUGAUGUCGCGGCUGCUGGAGCAGGGAGACCUCGCGGUCUGCCCCGAGGGCACCACCUGCCGCGAGCCCUACCUGCUGCGGUUCAGCCCGCUGUUCGCCGAGCUGGCCGACGACAUGGAGCCCGUGGCGCUGGACGCGCAGGUGACGUCGCUGUAUGGCACCACGGCCAGCGGCCACAAGUGGCUCGACCCCGUGGCGUUCUUCGCCAACCCUGUGCCCGCGUACCGGGUGGAGUUCCUCGGCGCCGUGCCACGGGAUCAGACGCGCGCAGGCGGGAGGACCAGCGCCGAGGUAGCCAACUGGGUCCAGCGCCGGCUCGGCGAGGCGCUUGGGUUCGAAUGCACCGGGCUCAGUCGCCGUGACAAGUACAUCAUGCUCGCCGGGAACGACGGCGUGGUCCGCAAGUAG